UUGACCAGUCAUGUUUGAGCAGGCUUUGGCUGCAUGUAGGUGAAGAUUCUGUGCAGAGAUUACAAAAAGCUGGGCAUCUGCUGAAAUGAAAUCUUGAAACCCUUAGCUUGUCGAUUUAGAUUUUAUUUGUUUUUUUUGUUUUUUUGUUUUAAUGUAUCUGGAUUCCUGAACAAUGACUAGUGGACAAAAAUGAAAAUCUUGGCCUUGAAAUCUACUGGCUACACAAGUGCUUACCAGCAGAGAUUAUGGCAGUGGUGGUCUUUCUUUUAAAGAAAUACAACAGCUGCCUUGAGCACUAGCAUGAUUAUGUGUUAACUUCACAAUUAACUCGAGCUACCUACAGCAGUACUGGGUUUUGUCUGGUAUGGAAUGGCUCAUGGCAAGAUGAGCAAGGAAAAAGAAAAAAACGAUAAAGUAGUUAAGCCUAACAAACUUGGGCGCUAACAGUGUAGCUCAGUGAGUUAACAACUACAUCAAAGAAGUAGAAUAGAGCCCAGGGGCUGAUAAAAGUGGAGAAAUUGGCAUCAUACUCAUAGCAGUUCAUGGUAAGUCUGAGUUUCUUUCUAACCUGGAGAGGCAGGGCAGCAGAGAUGAGAAGGAUGAUAAGGGACUGCUCUGAAUGGGUGUCACAAGGAAAGCUUUGCAGCAAAAACGUCUGGACUGGGAGCCGAGUGAACGACCUGAGGCUAGAAAACUUGUUUUUUGGGUUUUUUGGGUUUUUUUGGAUGAAUGGCUGCUGGAGGUGCUUAAUGUUGACAGCCAAAUUGAUCUGGACAGACUGCACUGGUUUUUAGAUUUAAUGCGAACCCCGUUGAUUUUAAAAAUCUACCAUUGAGAAUAGUGUAAUGCACUUACUAGACCCCCUCAAACACCUGCUGAAAUGAUGAUGACAAAGAACAGGUUAAAGACUGACUUUAUGUUGAGUUUGGAUUGCUGAUUGUUGUGUGGUCUCUAUUUGUUUCAGUUGCUUUUUUUCCUUCAUUGUUAUUUAUAAGUGGGAAAAUUCCUAUAUGAAGGAAAAACCCUGCAAUACAAACAAAUACAAAUGAUUAUGAGAUCAUCUAAGCAAAGUACACUAUCAGUAAUGUGUUCUUUAUCGUUUUUAUCAUUGUUGUUGUUGUCCAUUUUUUUCCUUCCUUGGCCUUAGGUAUCAGACUGUACUGUAGUUUUUGGCUGUUUUAUUGCUGUCAGGUGUGUGUCAGCUGCUGAACACCUGACCUUGAGCGGAUGCUAAGCAGGGAAGCAUCAUAUGGACGGCUAACAAGGCUAACAUGUGCAGAGCUUGCAGACCACGGGACAGCACACUGUACUCAUAUUUUAGCUCUUAGCUUCUUGCUGCUUUGCGUAUCUUUCUCCUCCAGCUCUUCCUCCUCCCUCUUUAUUAAGCUUUGUUUUUCUUUUGACUUCCAUCCUCAUUUUUUUCCUCCCCUUCCACUCCUCCUUCCAGCCCCUUAGUCGUACUGUCGUCUAUUUUUAGCUCCUCGUGUGUUGAGCAGAAGAGGUGCGUGAAAGCAUGGGAGUGUGUCUGGAUUGCGGGGGAGAAAGGUGCAGGCUGGUGUGCGUGUGUGUGACUGUGUGAGUAUGUUUGGGUCUCCAUCACGCUACACCAAAUUGCCCACCACGAGGCACACUCUGCAGUCUUCAGACAGUCAUUAGGAGUAGGAUGUUGACAAUGCUGGGCUAGAUAUGACAGUAAUUACUACCUAAUGAAGCUGCUAAAUUUAGUGCUCUAUAUUGAGUAAUUCAAUUUAAUCCUCACAUUAUGUGGUUUAAAAUAACUCGCUGCUCAUGUAUACAGAAUCAGGACACAAACAAGUUCACUGACAAAGUUUUACUGAAAGUGCAAACAUUCAGAAAUAUGAAAGGUAUUAAAACAACCUGAGAAUGUCAUGAGAAAUUAAGUUGGUGCCAUGUAGCAGUGUAGAUUCUUAGUACUUCCUUCGCUUCCUCCCUGCCUUAAUAGCCACAGAUAAUUAUUGACUCUUGAAAUUAAACAAUCAUAAUAUAUCCUAUCAUUCUUAUGCAGAUCACAAACAUGAUGAUCUUACCUCUGUUCACAAACUGAUAAGUUGCAUUAAUGACAUAAACUGUUGGAUGUCUUGAAACUUUUUAGAGCUGAACAGAGUCUCUGAAACCUUGACAUUAUUUUAGACAGUGAUCUCAAUUUUGAUCUCAGAAAUGCUUUCUGUUACUUAAAAUCAAGUGUUAGAAAAUUUCUAAGUAAAAUAUGAAACUGACUCAGAAAUUAAUUCAUGUAUUCACAUUGAGCAAGUUAGAUUAUUUUAUAACAGUGUAUUUGAAGGAUUAUCCAAAUUAUCAGUAGGACAAUUCAUUCAGAAUGCAUCAGCCCAGUGUCCUUACAGUUACAUGGAAAUUUGAUCAUAUUACUCCAGUACUGAAGUCACUGCACAGGUUCCCAGUUUGUUACAGAAUUACCUUUAAAAUCCUUCUAGUAUCCUUCAAUAAUUUGGUGUAUCUUUGACUUGCUCAGUGUCUGUAACCCAGGCAGAUCUCUCAGGUCAUUAGGUGCAGAACUUGUAACUGUCCCCAGAAUUAGAUCCAAGUGUGCUGACGGUGUUUUAAGUUCCUGUGGACCUGUUCAUUGGAACAAGCUCACAGGCCUAUACUCAAUAGCUGAGUGCGUAACUUGUAUUUUAGCUCUUUGUAAAGUUUUUUCCUCCUUUUUUUUGUUGCUGUUUUCAUUAUAAACCUACACAGAUGUUUUGAUCUUCUGCGUUCAGUGCAUUGAAUUGAAGUAUAAUGAAAUGUGCUCUAUAAAAAAAUGCCAUUGCCAUUAUAUACGUCACAGUACUUGGAGGAACAUGUUGUUUUGCUAACAUAGCAAUAUUGUAAAGGUGUUAUUUUUCUAUAAAUUGUUUGACAUAUUAACAUUACACUGUCAUAGUCCUGUUUUAGUGCACGUGCCUUAAGAAUUCAGUUAUUUAGUGCAAAUGAACAUCAUUGUUAAACAAAAAGGUAAAAUUUGAAUUUGAAUGUACUGAUAAGCCCCCUUUUUCUUGUUUUUGAGACAGUAAAACAUGGACAUCAAAUCUGAAGCAACUUCCUUACGUAGAAUUCCCUUUUUAAUCAGAAUGAUUGUAGUCAGAAAAAAAAUUAAUAGUAUAAUGUUAAGCUUACUGAUAACACUCGGUCUUAAUUAUUUCUAACAAUCAUCAGAAGCAGAAUAAUUUAGCUAUGAAAGUCAGUAUUUUAGCAUGAUUAGAUUUGACCUAUUACCUUUGACCUCAGCAUGUUAUCAGGAGUGUCUUGUGAGCCCUCUGCUUCCUGUGGAAAAGUUUCCAACUUGCUUAUAAUGAUUGGUUUCUGCUCCUGUCCUUACAACCUACCUUGACUUCUAAUGACAGUCUAAUUUGUAAUUAGAAGUGGACAUUAGGUGGACAUUAAAAGACUUUCCAGAAACUAUUCUGAGCUUUGGUUGACUUGGAGGUACAUUGGGGAUCAUUGCGGUCCCCACUUCUUAAAACCAGUGCUAAUACUAAUUCCCAUUUGACUGCCAUUCCAUUUUUAAUGUCCACAUGAUGUUGCCAGUUGUGUCUCUUGGAACUUAAAAUUUCUUUUGAAACCUCUUAAUCAUGACUUAUUGUUAGUUUAGUGUAAGGAAAUAAUUACUUGUCUUUUAUAGCUUUGCCAUGUUCGCUUCUUGGCUGUAAAGGCAGGAACUGCAUCUGUAUCGCAGCUGAAGCUUAUUUGGGAUUGUUACAGAGUUCACAAAAGUUUAAAACUAAAAGUUGUUUUUGUUUGCUUGCUUUGUUUUUGCAACCACUUUGGUAGUCUUGUGUUGAAGUAGGUGAUUUUUGGGAGUAGGUGAUUUAUUUGUGUUGUGCAUUAAUAUUAUAUUAUUGUGUAUAAUGCAGAUAUAAACAUUUGAAGAGAGACAAUAACAUUUGAGUUUGGCCUUCUUUUCUGAAUUUGAGUUGUCCCCUGUUGAGUAGUAGUAAUAAUGAUAAUGAUGACAAAAAUAAUGAUAAUUAAGAACUAAUAAUAAUUAAGAAAGGCUAUAAUUGUAGCCUUUUCUUUAUACAUGCAGAUUUUAAACCCAUAUUUAACACCUGGUUUAACUUGUGUAAAGUGUUGUGCAUUACAUCUAUCGGCCUAUUGAAAUCUAAAGCUAUGGUGGGGGUAGCUGUUUAUUCUUUUUUUAUUUUUUCCCUGUGUGGAUUGCUCCAAGAUUAAUAAUAGAAAUAUUUCCUGUAAGCUGUACUAAAACAUGUGGUUAUUGUUUUCCUUACAGCAGCGCUUUACUUAAAAAUGCUGUGUACUGGGGUCUAGAAAGAGACUGGGCAGAUUCUUGCUGCCUGAUUGCCUGCGUUUGUGGGGGAAUGAGAGAUCUUAAAAGUCAAAUUCACAAGUUCUGUGUUACAAUGAAUGUUUCUAAUUUUAGCAGUGUGAAACAUCAUGUUUAAGUCUUGGGGUGAUUAUGAGAAACACUGGCACCAAGGAGAAAAAAAACAAAAAAAUGGGGAGGAGUGGGAGGGUGGUUGAAGGAGGGCAGCCUCGUGUCUUUGCAGCUGAUCAUUGGUUGGAACCACUGGGAAGGGGGUGGUGCCUCAGUGCCACUGUUUCUGUAGAGAGAGGCAGAGAGCGAGGACUGUGAGAAAGAGACAGCAAAGGAGGAUAAAUGAACACUGGGGGUUCUCCCAGCAUCGGUAUGCCUGCCUGAUUUCCACUACAGACAAAGGUGAUGCCCUUCCCAAUAGAAAUAACAACUGAGGUGGGCGUGCGUGCAUUUUGAAUACCAGUCACCUCGCACACCUUCUUCAACCUCACAGCUCAAGGCAUUCUGCUGUGAUCUUUCUGCGAAGGACUAGACAGAAACUGAGGCAAGAGCAAGCAGAGAGGCGGAAACGGCAGCAAGAAAUCAGAGCUGGAGGAUAAGAAACGGGGGGGAAGAGGAAAGACAAGCAAGUUAAUGGACUGAAUAAAAAUGAUGCUUAAUCUUUCAUGUAAAUUAUGUAUGCAGCACAUUAAACAAUAAUGUCUCCUCACUGGAAGCUGUGUCUGUGACUCUGUGGACUGUAGGCAGAAAAGAGAGAGAUUCAGUCUGGGAUUUCUGCAGCUGCAGCAGAUGUUGAUGACAUCUCAGACUUUAUAGGGAAGGGAGGCAUUUCAAGCAAGUCGGACUGGAAUUCCUUAAAAGUCAAAUUUUUGUCUCUUUGCUCUUCUUUGUGCCUUCACCUGGGAAUUUUGCAGUACCGAAACAGGAAAAAUAAAAGGACCCGUAUUACAUCAUUUGGAAACCUUAACAGCCUGCUCUGAAGACAAUUCCUGGGGAGUUUCUCACCUUUUUAUGGUCUUUCAGUCUUUCAUUCAUUUGAAAUGAUAAACGCCAGCAGUGUCAUUAUGGAGCACUGCAUUUGGACUGAAAACAUAUAGCUUCUCUGAGCUCUACCCAGCGACCGGGCAAAGUAGUGGCUUCUAGGAUUUACUGUAUCCUUGAAGAGCCCUUCGGACAGAUAUUUCUGCCCAAGAUGAUGAAUUCCUCGCUGGAUCCACUGAACCAGAGCUCUGCUGACUUGUCAAACUCAUCUGCUCCCUUUUGCUUACUUGAGAUAGGCUAUUCCCAGAUUUUCACGACCUGCCUCCUUGAAGUUUCGAUCAUACUUCUCCUGACUGUUCUCAUUAUUUCUGGUAACCUGGUGGUGAUUUUCGUGUUUCACUGUGCCCCUCUGCUCAGCCAGCACACCACCAGUGCUUUCAUCCAGACUAUGGCAUAUGCCGAUCUGCUGGUGGGAGUCAGCUGCCUUUUCCCCUCCCUGUCCCUACUCCAUCAUCUUCAGAGCUUCGAUCCCAAACUCACCUGUCAGGUGUUUGGGUACAUGGUGUCUGUUUUAAAGUCAGUUUCAAUGGCAUCUUUAGCAUGCGUGAGUGUAGACCGCUACAUCGCCAUCACACGGCCUCUGACUUAUGCAUCCCUAGUGACACCUUGUCGAGUGCGCUGCUGUAUUGUGUUGAUAUGGCUUUACUCUGCUCUGGUGUUUCUCCCAUCUUUUCUUGGAUGGGGGAAACCUGGUUAUCAUGGCGACGUUGUGGAGUGGUGCGCAGUCGAAUGGAGGACAAGUCGGGCUUUCACAACCUUCAUUGUUGCGCUGCUCUACGCUCCAGCUGCUUUAACUGUCUGUUUCACCUACGCCAACAUCUUCAAGAUCUGCCGACAGCACACCCGGGAGAUCAGCGAGCGCCAUGCACGUUAUGGACCUCAGCAACUGCAGGGCCCAAGAAUCGCAGUUGGCUCUGUGGUCAAGGACAACAGUAAAGUAGAGCAAGGACAAUUGCCCCACUUGUCCCAACCCCAGUAUCAGCAGUCCACAUCAGCAUACCCAGACAGACGUUAUGCUAUGGUGUUGUUUCGCAUUACUAGUGUGUUUUAUAUCCUCUGGUUGCCCUAUAUCCUCUACUUUCUGUUGGAGAGUGGAGGGAUCUACCACCACCCUGCAGCAUCAUUCCUUACCACAUGGCUGGCUAUUAGUAACAGCUUCUGUAACUGCCUCAUUUACAGCCUCUCCAACUCUGCCUUCAGGAAGGGCCUCAAACGUCUCUGCUCCUUCUGUUUGCAGCGCAGCCGCAGCGACUAUGGGGUUAGGAACACCAAAAAGGCAUUUUUUGGUUCUGCUGAAAAGGGGUGGGGAUAUGGUCACGGGGAGAUGAGAACUGGUACAACAUGUCACGUGUAGGGUAAACACUUUUGCCAAAUUGGCAUUUGGAUACGUAGGAAACGGCUGAAGUGAUUGCUGUUAAAAUGCUGCUAAAAUGUGCUGUAAAGAGAUGGAACAAGGCGUUGAAUAGCCUAUGCCGUUUCUGUUGCAUUUCGAGGUUACACAGGCAUCCUCUCUGCACAAGCCACAGCUGGCAAGUAGAAUAAGUCGAGAGUAAAUCUAUGAAAGUAAAAAAAAAGUGGCUCUUCAUGGUGUUUUAAAAUGGUCAAGGACAGGCAUGAUAGGUGGAGGGUGGUUGAAAUAAGGAAAAAAAAGUGCAUGAAAGCCGUAGAUGUAAAGAAACUUGAGGAUGAACAAAAUGUUUAUCUACCAGUGUUCCUUUUUUAAGUGAAUCCUUAAAUUCUUAUAAGAAAAACCCUUAUUGAAAGCUGUGUUGAAAAACGAAAUGUGUCGUUUCUGAAAUAAAGUGAUUUCACUUCAUUUGCCAGAUCAUCGUCACAUAAGUAAUGUUGAAUGAAGCGCAGAAUAGAUGAAUGCAAACAGAACAAGUGACUUCUGUGAUUAAGGAUCAAUGUACUGAAGCUAACUGAUGAUAGCCAGCUCGUUAAUUAUGGUUUUCAGUCCUCAUACCAUAAAUCAGUGUUAAAUAUUAAACAUAUUAAAAAUGAUGCAACUUUUUCUUUUUUUUUUCUUUAAGUAUUUGUUGUGUCUCUUGUCGCUGAGGGAGUAGGUAGGUGUAGACCCACCUAGAUUUACCGACUUUGAGUUUUAGAUUAACCUAUUUAUUGAUGUUGCUCACAAAUGUCUUUAAAUGAUUUGUGAGUUUGCACACUGCAUCCGUUUUCUUUGUAAAAUAGUAUGGUAACCAGCUUUGGCAUAUGACUGUUAACCUGACAAAAUGCAGAUGUAAUUAUUAGUGAAUAUCUCUUUCAAGUAAUAUGUCAUUGCACCUUUGUUAUGAUUAUGUAGCAAAUGUGAUUUUGUGUUUCCGGGGCAAUGAAAGGCCGAGGAAGGAUGUAUUAUUGCACUUAUUUUAUAUUGAUUAUUGGUACAUCUUUGGGCUAAUUUUAUUUAUUUUUUAAGAGAUUUUUUUUUUAUGUUGGUUAGAGGAAAAACAAACAAGCAAACAAAAAAACCCAACAACUAUAUUUUCAACUACAAAAGCCUAAACUCAUUAACUUUUUAGUAACUGAACAAUUUCUUUGGGCUGUUCCUAAUGACUUUUGUUCUUUAAAGAUUUUUAUGAUUGCGAGACCGUCUGACUGAAAUGCCAGAAGUACUUGACCAGUCAAAAUUUUUCAGUGCUCCAAGCCUCACCCACAGUGUUCCCACAGUUACUGUCCAAGAGCAUUUACAUUAGCAUUCAUAUGAAUAAGCAUUAAACUGUGAGCCUUACCCCUUAUCUUUUGGGUCGGUAGGAAGAAACAAUCUUAUGACAUCCUGAGUUCAGAUAUUUGUGAUUGUGAUCAUUUUACAUAAUCUCAAAUGAUUACUUUUUUUUAGUACAAACUUAGGUGUAUGCUGUUUUGUGACUGCAUUACUGUGCCUGCAUUUGGGAUCUAGUACAUGUGUACGCACAUGAACGGGGAUCACAUGCAAUCAGAACAGACAAAUAGCCCAUUCACUCUGCCAGCAGGCUUACCUCUGUGCGGCAACAAGAAGAGGGACUGGUUGUUGUUAUCUUCUGCUAAUGAAUCCAAGUGUGCAUACCGUCCUGAGCUCUAAAUUUGUGAGGAAUUACUUUUACGAUGAGCUAUGGAGUCUUCUUUUAUGCGUUUGAUUAGCUAGAGAAAUUCUAGCUUUAUACAUUUUAUCUAAACUACCAAAGAGAGUUCAGUAGGUGUUCGUGGAUAUUUUUCCACUUUUCUCUAGUGUAUAAAAGAUAAAUGCGUGUGAGUUUUACUCAAAGUUUGUUUGGGGUGGGUCGGCGAUGCCUUGCGUGCAUGAAUAUGACUGUUUCUCAGACUACUGAGAUAUAUCGUUGCCUUGAUAGGAACACGAUUUUAAACUGUUGGGAAAUUAUUUCCUCUAACAGCUAGAGAGGGCUCUGUUUAUUAACACUUGGCUGUUUUUGGAAGGCACAAACUGUCAAUUGUACACACGUACAGAAAUGAAAACGUCAGGUCCACUGUGGAGUAAUCUGAACCACACGACUUGUGAAAUAUAUUUGCAAAUUAUACAUAUAUUUCACAUGUUCACUUUUUUCAUUGUUAAUCUGUUCUGUACAAUCAAAUUAACCAGGAGUGAAAACAUGACUGAGAACUGUUUUUUUAAUGUUGUUUUAUUUAUUUUUUUUCUUUUGCAUGUAUUCGUUCAUGUGUGCUUGUUGAGUAUGAGAGUUUACAGAUAUGUCAGGAUGCGACCAUUGGCUGAAUUUGGACUGUUUAAGAUUUUCCAGCAAGGGUGCUAUUGAAGCUUUUCCCCCUUGCUCAUUGCUUUAUUAGCUGCACUUCCCUCAAGUGUUUCCCCUCUGUCUUUUGUGAGUGUAUGUGAGUAUGAAGUAUUUUGGUGGUAGAUAGAUUCACAUGUUGUCUUUAAAUACUGUAACCUGCGAAGCAAUGCCAAAUAUUGUAAUCUUUCCUGUUUUUGGUUCACUCUCUAAACAAGUGUACAGAAUUGCCGUACUGAAUGUUUGAUUGUUAAACUAUACAAAUUUCUUUUCUACUCACUUUCUUUUCUUCUGUUCUUGUAAAGUGAUAAAUGUUGCGCAAUCUAGGUAGGAUUAGCAGCAUGCUUACUGAUUAAAAAGACUGAAGUUUUUUUCUGGAUAUUUCUGUUGAAAUGUUUCUGCUGUAAACACAAUUUCUAAAUACUGAUGGGUUUGAAUUUGAGGUAAGAAGUUGACUUCUUUAAAAGAUACUAUAAAACGUAAAGGUACAGUUUCGUAAAGUUAAGCGUGUAAUGGUGACACAUUCGUGGUCAUGCGCACACAUUCAGUUUGUCUUGUGGGAAAAUAAUCACUUCCAUGUUCUCAAGGACAUGACACUGGUGACUAUGAGGAACAACUAUGCCAUGCUGGGUAAGAUUUUAAAGAACAAGAGGAAAUGUGGCCGCUACAGCUGGUUUAGGAAGUCAUUUGUAGCUUAAAUGCAGCAUUCUUCUAUGAGAGAGAGGAAAAGAAUUGUUGUUGGGCACAAUAGUAAAUGAGCACAUACUUCACCUGCAACAGACUGAUUAGUAAACUCAGAAAGAUCAUGAAAAUGUAUGCAGUAGAUGCAAAGAAAGAAAACUAAAAUGACUCUGAACAUACAGAAGCUUAUAUCCAUUUCUUUGGCUGUAAUCAAAGCGCAUUUGAAUAAAUUUCAAUGUCUUUAUGAGCACACUGCGUCUUCGUCUUUUGUCCUUAUGAAGUCACGUACUUUAAUGGAUAAAAGUGUCAUUUAUUGGGUUUUUUCACUUGGACAAACGAAUCAUUUGUUGUGGAAAAGGUUAAUGAUAAAGUGAUUUGUUCGAUUCCCAUCACAGGAAGGAUUCCGCUAUGACCGAAAAGGCAAAGAUAGUGUUAGCAUGUUGGUCUUUCUAUAGUUAGUGAGGAGUACAACUACCUUUUGAAAUGGUGGUGAAGACAUAUUCUUGAUUUCCAAAUCACUUAUGUUUUAGGACCUCACGUAACUGUAAUUUACCAAUCUUAGCUUUUUAUUUUUAGUUUAAAAUGAUUAUUUUCCCCUUGAUUUGGCCCUGCAUGUGUCAUCUACAUUACCCUCUUGUAGUCUGAUAGUGUAAUCAGCAAAUUAGGGCUGACCCACAUUUAAAACAUUUUUUUUUUCCUUGUAAAUUACUCGUCUGUUAUCAUCAUUGUUAUGGAGGGUUUUCUUUCCCCGGAAAAUCAUCAAGAUCAUUUUAUCGUCCUGCUUUAGUCAAAACAGGCAGUGUCAUUAAAGGCUGACUUAUGAUGCAGCUGUUUUAAGAAACUGAUUAUUUCAAAUACACAGGAGGAACUUGAGCACUGUAAGUGAGGUGUAUUCUUGCCCACAAUGAACGCUGAAUAAUGCAUGGAAUGAACAAUGGGACCAAUGUAAGUUUCAGAUUGAGAAAAUAGGGCAACUCCAUUAAAAAAAAAAAAA